AGGUACUCGCAAGCCAGUCCACAGGAUCUCAUUUUUCACUUGCUCAACACUCAAAGUCCAAACCCCCCAGCUGCCUCCCCUGUAUUUAACUCAACCCUGUUCUCAUCUCCUCUUCACCAAGACGGCAAACUCUUCAUCCAUGUUUCAGUUGAGUUAGCCUUCUUCUUCCAAAUCCAAUCUCAGUUCCUUACACAGUCGCGCCCUUUGAGUUCUAAACAAUGGCCACCUCUGUCUCGACUAUUGGAGCUAUUAACAGAGCACCGCUGAAAUUGAAUGGUUCCGGUGCCGGAUCAUCUGUCCCGAGCUCUGCGUUCUUGGGCAACAGCUUGAAGAAGGUGAGCUCUAAGAUUAGUACCCACCCAAAGAUUUCAUCAGGGAGCUUCAAGGUUGUGGCUGAAGUUAACGAGGAGAAGCAAACCAACAAGGACAAAUGGAAAGGCCUUGCUUUCGACACUUCGGACGACCAGCAGGACAUCACCAGAGGGAAAGGAAUGGUGGACACUCUCUUCCAAGCUCCCAUGCAGUCUGGAACUCACUACGCCGUCAUGAGUUCCUAUGACUACAUCAGCGCCGGUCUUCGCCAGUAUAAUAUGGAUAACGACAUGGAUGGGUUCUACAUUGCUCCAGCCUUCAUGGACAAGCUUGUUGUUCACAUCACCAAGAACUUCAUGACUCUGCCCAACAUCAAGGUUCCCGUCAUCUUGGGUAUUUGGGGAGGAAAAGGCCAGGGAAAAUCAUUCCAAUGUGAGCUUGUCUUUGCCAAAAUGGGAAUCAACCCCAUUAUGAUGAGUGCUGGAGAAUUGGAGAGUGGGAAUGCAGGAGAGCCUGCAAAGUUGAUCAGGCAAAGGUACCGGGAGGCGGCCGACUUCAUCAAAAAAGGGAAAAUGUGCGUGCUCUUCAUCAACGAUCUUGAUGCAGGAGCGGGCAGACUUGGUGGAACUACCCAGUACACUGUCAACAAUCAGAUGGUCAAUGCCACUCUUAUGAACAUUGCUGAUAACCCAACCAGUGUCCAGCUCCCCGGCAUGUACAACAAGGAGGAGAAUCCCCGUGUUCCGAUCAUAGUCACUGGUAACGACUUCUCCACAUUGUAUGCUCCUCUCAUCCGUGACGGGCGUAUGGAGAAGUUCUACUGGGCUCCUACUCGCGAAGACCGCAUCGGCGUCUGCACUGGCAUUUUCAGGACAGACAAUAUUCCCAAAGAGGGCAUUGUGAAGAUUGUUGAUACCUUCCCUGGCCAAUCAAUUGACUUCUUCGGAGCCCUGAGGGCAAGAGUAUAUGAUGACGAAGUGAGGAAGUGGAUUUCGGGAAUUGGAGUUGAAAGCAUCGGGAAGAAGCUCGUGAACUCAAAGGAGGGACCCCCGACGUUCGAGCAGCCAAAGAUGACCGUCGAGAAGCUGUUGGAGUAUGGAAACAUGCUUGUGCAAGAGCAGGAGAAUGUGAAGAGAGUGCAAUUGGCUGACAAGUACUUGAGUGAGGCAGCUCUUGGAGAUGCCAAUGAGGAUGCCAUGAAGAAUGGAAGUUUCUAUGGAAAGGCAGCUCAGCAAGUGGGUGUUCCUGUUCCUGAGGGCUGCACCGACCCAUCUGCAGCUAACUAUGAUCCAACAGCAAGAAGUGAUGAUGGCAGCUGCCUGUAUAAAUUAUAAGUCUAUUGUAGACAAGUGAGUGAGUAUAUUAAAAGAAAGAGGAAUAACCUCCACAAGUGAGUCGUAUUCAUUAUGGCAUGGACUUCAUCUGGUGGUUGUUUUUUCAAUCCAAGGUGCUUAUUUGUAAUAUUAAAUUAUUAAUGUACAAGUCACUUCUUGUGAAUGCACUUUAAAGAUUUGUAGGAA